CUCACGGCAACGAAAAUGGAGUCAUCGACACUGAUUACUGGAGCGAGACACUCAAUGAUUUUAUUUCCUUCACUACAGAAGACGUUUUCGACUCCCUGAAAAAACUGCAUGGAUUCGAGAAAAGCUUGAAACUUGUCAACUUUGGCCCGUGUAGGGGAGAACUAGAUGACGCAAAAUUCGACCGAAAAAAGGAUUACAAAGACUACGAAAACAAAAACUCUUGCAGAAUCACGUCGGCUCCGGAAAUGCCCAACACAGUCAUCGUUUAUUCAACAGUCGAGACAACCAUGGCUAACACAAGUGAACGCGGUUCCUCGUUCGUGAACAGCAUGUGCGAUGUCUUGAGCCAGAUCAGCGAGGACAAGCCUUUGUUGUUAGCUCUCACGUCAGUCCAACACAAAAUGCACAAAGCGUCGCUCGCAAUGAUGGACUUAGUAACAAACCUUCCUCUUGGUCAGACGCCAGAGGUCAAAAUGUUCUCUUCAGACACAAGUUUUUCCUUCUCAAGGUCAAUGCUGACUGCUGCAACAUCUGUUUCAAGAACUGAUUCGCGCAUGGAAAAAGCAGCAACAAUCACGUCAACGUCUGAAUUUUUCUCUUGGAAGUCAGACGAAGGACAAAACAUCCGAGGGCGGCGAGCCUUCAUCUUUUAUGAACAGCAAACAAGAGAAGUUGAAGAAACGGAAAAAGCUCUGCGGCAAAACUUGGAUUUUGAUACAAGACUUUGGAAGUGGAAAAAAGAAUCUUUGGACGUUUAUUUCAAUCAAGUUCGCGAGAUGGAGCAUGACGUCGGCUGCGUUUUGACUUGCAUUUUCGGCCAAGUGAGUGAAAAAGAAAGGACAAAAGAAGUUUGUUUGAUUGUGGACGGAAAAGAAAAACCAAUCGCCGACAUUUUACACGGAUUUAUCGGUCCGAAAAAUGACAAACUGAUCGGAAAGCCGAAAAUCUUUUUCAUCGUUGACCAAAAGGCGAUGGAAUGCGACUCUCACAAUUCAUCAAAGAGCAAAUUUGAGGUGUCCUCAACGAAACACAGCGGCUGGCUUGUCAUGAUUUUGAAGGACAAAGACUUGCUGGAGCAAUUGAUCGGAAUCUUCAAAGGAGAUGAGCUGAAAAAAGGGAGAAGUUUGCAAGAGCUUUUAGUGCCCCUGCUUUCAACUGGAACUAAAAAAGAGCUAACUCUGCUUAACUCGACGCUUCAGUACUUACUUGAUUUUCCCGACUGGCCGAGGACUUUCGUGAAACCAGAUUUCAAGCUGGGAGGCAACAGGAAAAAGAUUUGCUUCGAGGAUUUGAUCGGAGAGGCGAAAAUGUUGCGAGAAAACCAGGUUUGGCUGUUGAGUUCGGUGGCUGGCGCAGGAAAAUCGACAGUUCUCAAAGAAAUCGCUUUUCAAGUCGGUAAAUCAGAUCAAAAUGCCAAAAUUUUGAAUAUUUCCUUAAAUAAAAACUUUAAAACAUUAACAAAACGUCGAGUGGAUGCAGUCGAAUUUCUAGCAAAAACCACGGGGAAUUCCUCUGAAGACAUAAACAAUUGGAUUGCUCAGAAAAAAGUAGUCGUCUUCCUGGACGGUUUCGACGAAAUUUGUCCGCACAGCAGGGACAAAGCUCUCGGAAUAGUGAGGGCUUUGAAAGAAAAAAGAGUUCCACUCUGCGUGGCAACGAGACCUCACGAAGCGAAAGUGAUCGAGAAAACGGUUGGCAACGCUACACUUGUUGAAAUAGAGCCAUUCGAUGAAGCAAAGCAAAUCGAGUUUCUGCGGUUAGAGACCAACAACAACAAGGAAGAAAUCAAAAGAGUUCUUCACGCCGUCCAACAAAUAGGCCUUUCAAGUCGUAGAGAUGAGGACACGAUUCUGGUCAACCCCCUGCACCUGUCGUUAGUUGCUCAGUGCAGCGGCGAAGGAAAUUUAUUCCAAAUUUACGACAAGGUGGUGAGGAAGAAGGUACAACUGUGUUUGGAAAGGGAAAAUGACGGAAAUAAAGUGGCACAGAGGAAGAUUGACAUCGCCCUGAACCUUCUGCGGUUGAUCGCUUUCCGCUUCAUGAAAAACGAGGAACUUGUCGGACCUGAAGUGACGAAAAAGGAUUUGGCGAAGAUGAACAACUAUGGAGUCGCAAUCGUGGAGGAAGAAACGGUUACUUUCCUCCACCAGACAUUUGCAGAAUUUCUCGCCGCCCAACACUUUUUGAAAAACGUGGAAGAGUCAGGCAAUUUUGAUUUUGAAUUUAUUGGCAAACGGAAUAUGGAAGAGGUCAGCAAGUUUGUCGAUCUUUUCUACUCGACUUUGGAAAACGAAGAAGAGAUCGAGAUUUUCACGCAAAUAAAAGUGCCCGAGGAAAUUUCAAACGAAUCUGCUCUGUUUCUGGAUCACGUUUGCGAGAAAAACCUCAAGCAUAUUUUUAAAGUGCUGAAGCCACACAUUACUUUUUGUGACGAGCAAAUGGAAAAAUAUUCCUUUUACCGGGAUGAUAGAGAACUUGGUUGUACAAAACACCGUUCUUCCAUUUGCGUUAAUUACGCUAUUAAAUUGCUGGGCAUAGCGAUAAGAAGCGAAGAAAUCUUCACCGAGCUGUUGGAAAUGAACGCCAUCGAUUCACGAACCUUGGAAAAUAAUAUGUAUGAUGUACUCAUAGAAAUCGCCUGUUACAACGCGAUCUCCGUGUUCAACCAGCUAAAAGAGACUUUCCCCAACUUCGUCGAGCUGCUCAGAAAAUCAAGUUCCAACGCCGGCGCCGGUUGCACAGCGGUAGCUAAUGGAAACGAUGAGAUUCUCGAAUUGUUGCUGGAAAACGGAUUCGGCAAAGAUUUUUUAGAACAUUUUAUAUAUGGACGCACCCUCAACCGUGCUUGCAGAGAGGGGAAACUGAAGUGCGUUAAAAUUCUCCUCAAACACGGCGCCAAACAAGCCAUUUAUUAUGACAAAAGCAUUUGGGAUCCUCUGAACGUAGCUGUGAAGUACGGCCACCUGGAUAUUGUCAAGCUUUUCGUGGAGGAAGAAAUUAGCGGAUUGGCCCGAGAUAAGGUGACGCUUGAGGCAAAUAUUUUUCAGACAGUGAAGGAGUACAAUGGCGAUUUCAACGCUUUCCACUAUGCGGUCUAUUACAGAGAAAAGGAAAUAGCUGAGUACCUGCUCUCAAAGAGUCCAGAUUUGAAACACAUCAAGACAGGAGAGGGGAAGAGUCCUUUGCAGCUGGCUGCGGACCGCCGAUUCGGAGAAUUCGUGUUCUGGCUGGCGAGAGAAAUCGGCGAUGACCUGAGUUCUUUCAUUCCAAGAGGCGAGACACAAAGUUGGACCGAACACGAUCACUUCAUCUACGACCACUUCCUGCUGCUGCGAGGCGACCUGACGAAAACGGACGAGCGAGGUAAAACCCUUCUCCACUUGGCCGCCCAGCACGGAAAUUUGCAGCUCGUCCGCGAGAUCAUCGCGAAAGGCGCCGACGUGGCUGCCAAAGACGCCAGAGGAUGGAACGCCCUGCACUAUGCUUGCACCUUCACCGAUUUCAUUAACUGGCACGACAAUUCGGAAGUGGUCAAACUCCUGCACUUCACUAACCCUCAACUGGUGAAGGAAACGACAAAUAAAGGAGAAACUGCACUGCACAUUUUGGUGAACAACAACUUCGAACGCUUAUCUUUCAACAGUACUAGAUGGUCAGGCAGAAAACCUUUCCGUUUCCUUGUGUAUGAAGCAGGGGUGGACUUGGAAGCCAGGGACAGCAAAGGCCGCACGGCAGAGGACGUGGCCGAUGAUAAAGAGUGUGCUGUUUAUUGGGAACAUUUAAGUGAAGAAGAUAUUUCAGGCAGAAGUCGAAGGUUUAGGAUAGGAGAAACAUGGGAAUUCAGUAUCUAUAAAUGA